AUGCUCUCCUUGCUGCUGAGAGCAGGGGGUCACCCCGCCAGGGCCUUCAUCUUCCUUAUCUGUGCCUUGGUCUGUGUUGGAGGGACUAGCAUCGACGGUUCCUUGGGCUUCUUGAACGUGGCAAGAGGGCUCUUGAGGAGCCAGCAGGCACCAGCAGACUCCCAGUGCCGAUCAGGCGUGAGGUCAUGUGAGCGGAAGGUCGCGAUCUGUAGCUACGGCACUAGGAAGCAGGCGACAUGGAUGAGCAUGCGAUCUGACAGUGACGGCAGUGCUGAUGCUCAGUCAGAACCGAAGCAAGACAAGGUAGCAAGCUCUCGCUUCUCCAAGAGACAGGAAUAUCAGGACGCUGCUCUUGGAGGGCUCAUAAAGCCAGGCCAGCGUAUCCCCGACGACUGGAUGCCGGGAGAUCAGUUUGCCUUCUCUGACGGGUACGAGUUCACCAUAGGAGAGAUCGCUGUGCUCGAGCUCAACGACGGGAACCUCUGCUUUGUCAAAGUCGUCUCAGUCUCGGAGCCGUCCGGAGCUUGGGAUGCAACGGGUGAGGUUAGAUAUGUGGUGGAAGGACCAGCCAAGCCGUUUGGCCCCAAGAAUCAAGUGCUGGCUCCCUCGAAGCUCGGAAAGAUUCUCCCGCUGAGCCUGCCGGAGAUCCAACGGCUCGGGGCCAUCUUCCUGCAAUCCAACAAUAACAAGGCACCUCGAGAUUCGCUGCCUUUCCAGCCGAUCCUAUCGCGGAGGUCCGAGCCGGACAGCAGGAGUUCCUCAGCACAGGACGCUGCUACCGAGGAAGGACGCGGUUACUGGGGCGAGCUCGACGGGUGGUGGAAGGACGAGACAGGAGGAGUGGAGACGUUCGAGGUGCUGUUGAGAAAGCCGAUGGGGAUGGAGGUCAAGGAGGUACAAGGGGAGGGAGUCUUCGUGAGCAGUCUGGGGGAGAAGAGCAACGCGAAGCUAGCAGGCAUCCGGGUGGGGGACCGCAUCUCAGUCCCUGGCUCCCAUCCUCUCAUGAACUGGUUGGACGACUUGUCGUCGAUCAUGAGCGCCAUCUCCUCGGAGAACCCACAGAUACGCCUGCGAUACAGCAGGACGACGUCGAUGCUCGAGGAGCGGGGGAGAGGGGAGGCCUCGCUGGCGGGGAACUUGAUGAGCAGCAAGCUGACGGCAACCAACUCGAGCACGGGAAGGGAGUUUGAGGUCACGAUCAAGAAGCCAGCGGGCAUGACGGUGACGCUGGUAGAGGGGAAGGGGAUCUUCGUGGAAGACGUCACGCCCAAUGGGAACGCCAUGCGAGCAGGGCUAGUGGUGGGCGACAGGAUCAAAGUUGCGUCCGAGCUGCGCUAUGAGGCCGGGGUCAAGUUCGAUCGAGGAUCCUCAUAUUCGGAUGCGGUGAGGGGGGAGGGGAAGGGAGGGGAGGGCAGGGGAGAGAGGAAGGAUGAGGAUGAGGGCCUAGUGGACUUGAGCAGAGCAGACGAUGAUAGCGAGGGUGUCGGGAGUGGGGAAGCAUGGAGGAAGGAGUUGAACAAUGUGGCCAACCCCAAUGAGCUGGAGGAGCUGGUUGAGCUGAUGUCGGACUCCUCCGCGCCUCUCGGGUCUGUGAAGAUCUCAGUGGUGAGGAGCCAGGAGGGUCAGAAGAUCAUGGAGAAGUUUCGGGCGCAGAAGAGGAUCGGCAACGUGGAUACGAGACUGUCGGAGAAGGUCAAGGGGACGCUGCUGGACAGCCUGGCCCCCUUCAUCGACGGGUCGGAGAGAGAUUCCGUUGCCCCUAGCAAGGUCCUCAAGAUCAACCUCGACCUCAUGAGCUAUGCCGCCCGAAGAGCGCUGCAGAGGAAAGAGUUCGACAAGAGUGAGGAUCUGUACCGCAAGUGCCUCCAGAUGGAUGCGUAUGACGGUAGGGCCUGGGUGGGUCUCGCCAAACUUUACGAGGAGAAGAAUCAGAUGUUCAAGGCGAAAGAAAUUCUGCAGUCUGGGCUCCAGAAGCUCCCGCGCAGUCCCUUCCUUCUCCAGGCCCUUGGCUGUAUCGAGCAGAAGCAGGGUCAGGUGGUGGAGGCGCUCAAGCUCUUUCAGCGAGCUGUGGAGGAGGAUGAGACGCAUGCUGCCUCGUGGGUGUCGCUGGGGAAGUUGGAGGAGAGAAUGAAGAGGAGCUGGAGGGCAAGGCAGUGCUAUGCCAAGGCUGCUUCAGUGGAGCCCAACAGCUUCUACGCAUGGCAGUGCCUGGCGGUGCUGGAGGCGAGGGAGGGGAACUUGAGGGCUGCCCGGUCGCUGUUCCAGAAAUGUACAGACGUGAAUCCGAUGAAUGCGGCCUCUUGGCAGGCGUGGGGUACGAUGGAGAGGAGAGCAGGAAACCUCGAUAAAGCAGCAGAAUUGCUGCAGAAGGGUCUCAAGGCGAGCCCGAAGAACACGUUCGUUCUGCAAGCUUUAGCAAAUAUUGAGUGCGAGCGAGGGAACACUGAGAAGGCGAUAGAACUGCUCGAGCGGGCGAUUGAAAUUAACCCCAAGGAUGGAGGCGUGUAUCAAGCCUACGCUAUGCUGCUGGCCCGUUCUGGAAAGAGGAUGCAGGCUCGCGAGAUGUUCAAGCGCGGCUGCUCCGAAGCCAAGAAGCAUGCGGCUCUUUGGCAGGCAUGGGCCGUUCACGAGCUGGAGAGGAAGAACGUGAAGGAAGCUCGCUCCAUCUUCCAGCAGGGCGUGUGGGAAGCAGGGUCAGACAAGAAGAUCUUUGUCCUCUGGCAGGCCUGGGGUCUCAUGGAGGCGUCUGAGGGGAACCUGGACGAGGCUCGCAAGUACUUCGCCAGGGCUGUCGAUGUGGCCGACCGACCAUCACCUUCACUGGCCGCUUGGGCUAAAGUAGAAGAAGAAGCAGGAAACUUGAUCGAGAGCAGAGAGCUGCUUGAGAAGGCUUUGGCGAUCGAACCGAGUAACGAGUAUGCAUGGGAUGGUCUGCAAGCUUUCGUCAAGAGAGUCUACGGGGAGGGGAGCGAGGAAGCCAAGGAAGUCUAUCAGAGGAGGAUCGUCGCACAGAUCAGCAAGCGCAUCGACUCGGAGGAUGCCUUGUCUAAGGCUGUAGACAACAACUACCAGCAAGAUUCGAAGCAGACGGAGGAGACCGUUGUUCUACGAGCGAGGUGGGCGAGCAGGAGGCGUCGCGAUCAGGACGCAGACGGAUACAGCAGCAACUUCUUAGUUCCUCGUCAGCUCUAACAAGUGGCUGCCUCCUCCUCAAUCGCAUCCUGACUGCCGCAAGAUUCGCUUCUCCUCCUCCACCCAGUUCUUGUCCUUGCUCGCCUGGCCCAGCUCUCGCUUCCUCUUCUCUCGCGCGUUGAAGCUUAUCUGCUUCUUCUUGUCCUCGCUCGUCUGAUUCUUCGAACUUAUCGGCCCGUGUCCUCCGCUCUUGGGAUGGGGAGGGAGUGAUACGCCGUCCAACCUUGGAGGUCCCUCAGGCUUCACGGCUUCU